CGAGGGAACUCCUGCCGCCUCUCAGUGCAAACAGCCAGGGUGACCACCAGGGGAGACCUGGGGGAAGGGCGAGCUCCUCUUGAUCCGUUUCAGUCCUCCGGCAGCAAAGACCCAGGAUCGCAAAGGACACUCUACUCGCUCGGACGUGUCUAUUGACCCAAGGUGUUAAGCCCACGCAGGGGAAACUUCGCAGAACCCAAGAACACCGGGAAGGAUUUUUGUACUGAGUUCUAUAAAACCACAUUUGCUCUCGAGAGGAUCUGAUUCUGGGGGAUCCUUCGCCGCCUCCUACAAAAAGUUGUCCCUGGGAGCGAGAUUCCUGCCAUGGAGCUAUCCGCUGGUCUCUUUCUCCUUCUGAUGCUUGGAGUCGGCACAACCAACCGGAUUCCAGAGACCAGUGAUGACAACAGUGUUUUCGAUUUCUUUGAGUUAAUUGGCUUUGGCCGCAAGGGAGGUCACAAAGGAAUGGGGGUGCAUCCGACCAAAGGACUGGAGGCUUUCAGCCCUGCCUACCGCAUAGACGAUGCCAACCGUAUCCCUGCGGUUCCUGAUCACAGAUUUCAAGACAUUCUGUAUUCCAUCCAAGCUGAGAAGGGCUUCAUCUUGUUAGCUAAUCUUCCCGAAAAGAAGGUUGCCGGCACCAUACUGGCCGUGGAGCGCAAGGACAAUUCUGGCUACAUUUUUAAGUUGGUGCUAAAUGGCAAGGCAAAAACUUUGGACCUGAGUGUCUUUCCCGAUGAAGGUAACCAAAGCUUGGUGUCAGUGGAGGAGGUGAAGUUGCCCCUUGCGCGAUGGAGUAGCAUCACCCUCUUUGUGCAAGAGGAUCAGGCUCAGCUCUAUGUGGGCUGUGAAAAAAUGACAAACGUGGAGCUGGAAAUUCCUAUUCAAGACAUCUUCACUCGGGAUCUGUCCAACAGAGCCAAGCUCCGUCUUGCUAAAGGAGGAGUUAAUGACAACUUCCAGGGAAUGCUGCAGAAUGUGCUUGUGUUUGGAACUACGCUGGAAACCAUCCUGAGGAAUCAAGGCUGUCAGAUCUCUACUGGAACACUUAUUAAAUUAGACAACCCCAUGAAUGACUCCCGCCCAGCCAUUCGCACCGACUACAUUGGCCAGAAAACCAAGGACAUCUGUGGCUUUUCUUGUGACGAUCUAACCAAAAUGUUUCUAGAACUGCAAAGGCUGCGUGUCCUGGUUGUAAAAGUUCAAGACUCUGUUGAGCAGAUGGAACUUAUCGCCCCACAUAAAAUAAAGAAAGGAAUAUGCUUCCACAAUAAUGUUGUGUAUGAAAAUGCAGCUGAAUGGACCACUGAUACCUGUACCACAUGUACCUGCCAGAAUUCUGCUGUAAUGUGUCAUACGUCUUGUCCUGUCAUGCCUUGUUCCAAUGCCACCGUUCCUGAUGGUGAAUGCUGCCCACGAUGUUGGCCAAGUGAUUCUGCAGAUGAUGCUUGGUCUCCCUGGUCUGAAUGGACCUCUUGCUCUACAACCUGUGGCAAUGGGAUUCAGCAGAGAGGCCGCUCUUGUGACAGAAUCAACAAUCCUUGUGAAGGCUCCUCAGUGCAAACACGGAUAUGUAACAUGCAAGAUGAUAAGAGAUUCAGACAGAAUGGUGCUUGGAGCCAUUGGUCCCCUUGGUCUUCCUGCUCUGUUACUUGUGGAACUGGGUUAAUCACUCGAAUCCGUCUGUGCAAUUCUCCACUUCCUCAGAUGGGAGGCAAAACGUGUGAAGGGGAGGCACGCGAAAACAUGCCUUGCCAGAAAAGCCCAUGCCCAAUUAAUGGGAACUGGGGACCAUGGUCACCUUGGGAUGCCUGUCCAAUUACAUGCGGAGGAGGCAUUCAGAAACGCAGCCGUCUCUGCAAUAAUCCAGAGCCCAAAUAUGAAGGGAAGGAUUGCAUUGGUGAUGCAACAGCCACUCAGAUGUGCAACAAGCAGGAUUGCCCAAUCGAUGGAUGUCUGUCUAAUCCUUGUUUUGCGGGAAGUAAAUGCACUAGUUUCCCUGAUGGUUCCUGGAAAUGUGGUCCGUGCCCUGCUGGCUAUCAAGGAAAUGGAAUUAGAUGCAAAGAUAUCGAUGAAUGCCAAGAGGUCCCAGAUGCAUGCUUUGUACUUGGUGGAGUACACAGAUGUGAGAAUACUGUACCUGGUUAUCACUGCCAGCCUUGUCCCUCCCGCUUCACUGGACCACAGCCUUUUGGUCGGGGUGUGGAAGAUGCAAUGGCAAACAAACAGGUAUGCAAGCCACGUAACCCAUGUGCUGAUGGAACUCACACCUGCAACAAAUAUGCCAAGUGCAUCUACCUUGGACACUUCAGUGACCCAAUGUAUCGCUGUGAAUGUAAACCAGGGUAUGCCGGCAAUGGGGUUAUCUGUGGAGAAGACACUGACUUAGAUGGAUGGCCAAAUGAGGACCUUCUCUGUGUUGCCAAUGCUACUUACCACUGCACUAAAGAUAAUUGCCCCAACCUUCCCAAUUCUGGACAAGAAGAUUAUGAUGGUGAUGGAAUUGGUGAUGCCUGUGAUGAUGAUGAUGACAAUGACAACAUUCCUGAUGAUAGGGAUAACUGUCCAUUCCAUUACAAUCCACAACAAUAUGACUACGAUAGGGAUGAUGUUGGUGAUCGUUGUGAUAAUUGCCCAUACAAUCACAAUCCUCUUCAGAUAGACACAGACCAGAAUGGAGAAGGCGAUGCCUGUGCUGUGGAUAUUGAUGGAGAUGGCAUUCUUAAUGAAAGAGACAACUGCCAGUAUGUGUACAAUGUGGAUCAAAUAGAUUCAGACUUGGAUGGUGUUGGAGAUCAGUGUGACAACUGUCCAAUGGCGCAUAAUCCAGAUCAGGUCAGUUUAACUGCACUUGGGCAAGUAAAUAUUUAUUUAAUCUUCUAAUUUACAGAAUGUCAUGUAUAGCUCUGCAACAGAGGUGGUUGCUAUCAGUUCGCACUGGUUCGGAUGAACCACUAGUGGAAAUUGCCACUUUUUAAAUGUUCUGUGCGGGCACAGACCUAUUUAUAGGCAACUGCAUAUGCUAAGUUGCACAACCUAAGUAUUUCAGGAAUUUAGCAAUAAAAAUACUGUUAAUAUGUCAAACAAUAUAUAGUCUGCAAAAAAGUUUUUAUCAUGACUUAUGAUGUCCUGAAGCUAGGAAUUUAGUACAAAAAUGCACCCAUAAAAAUGCUCAUUGGGGGUAAAGGAUAAAGUAGUACACCACCAGUAUAUC